UAAGACAAACUUCCUGUGUCCUCUUAAACACUUCAAUACCAUCAAGCACAUGCCUAGCGAACGCGCGCCUCAAAUUAUCAACAGCCGUUCUGUGACAUAAAACUCUCAGACUCGAUUCUCAUAUCAAAGACACCGCCUUUAAUGUACUGAGCCCGUCUUCAUGAGAAUUCAACAGAAUUCAACAACCCAGAUUUUCUAUGCAGCCGCAAUUUUAGAUUGAUGCAAAAGCAAGGGCACCUCUCUGAAUGCGGACAGAAAAAAGAGAAUCAGUCAUUCAACACUUGGCUGUCCAAGAAACGCCAUGGACAUAUGAGGGCCAACUAGAUACUUGGGCUGAUAGCGACACCAUCUCGGCAUACAAAAUUAUUGCGGCGUGCAGUGUCACGGCAGUAUUAAAUAUUACCACCGCUCAGUUCGGUAAGGAGCCUGAAAACAGGUCGUGUUGGGCAUCAUAUUCUAUAUGCGAUGGAUGGGAAUUGCAGGAGCACGUACGCUUGCCCCUGUUCACCAAACAACAAAAUCCACGUGAAAUAUGCCUUCUAAUGGUCGCAAUCUUAACUUGUUUGCACUGGAGCUGCAUGCUGAGCGUUUUUGGGCAGCGCCGGUGGAAACGGGGCUAUUUGCCUGGAAUCAUCGUUGCUACAUUCACCACGCUCCUACCUAUCGCAACGCUCGUCCGGGACCCGACCAUGGUCUUCCUUGGGCUUCUACCAUUAGUAAUUGAUGUCUAUACCUCAGCUUGUCUUGUCUUUGAUUAUGCCUAUGAAAAGGGAAAGGGUCUGCGAUCUAGAGAUCUCGGAUAGCAUUAUUGCUUGUCUAAGCUUACAAGGGUAGGGGGUGUGAACCUACUCGAAUCAGCAGACAGGGACGGCACAGCGGCCAUGCACAAUUAUAGCACAGUGCGGGAAACGGUACUCUCUUCAGUCAGUAUAUCAGGCCGAAAUUUGCAGUACAAACAUUCUGUUCUAUCAAUUUUAGCGCUCUAUAGCAGGUUAUAAAGUUCUUUUCUAAGGCAGAAUUCAGUCUUAUUCGUAUGACAG